CCCGCCAUUUUCCCCCUCGCUCUCCCACUCCCCGCACACAGGACCCCGCCACGGUGAAGUGUGUGUGCAAUAAUCUGUUGUAGUAAGCGUGGGGGCAGGCGAGUUGCAGGUGCAGCAUGGCCAAAGUGCAUAUUGUGAACGUGGUGGUGCUGGACAAUCCCUCACCCUUCUUUAAUCCCUUCCAAUUUGAAAUUACAUUCGAAUGUGUGGAGGACCUGCAGGAGGACCUGGAGUGGAAGAUCAUCUAUGUGGGGAGUGCAGAGAGUGAGAACUAUGACCAGACACUGGACACUGUGUAUGUUGGACCUGUUCCUGAGGGAAAGCACAUGUUUGUGUUUCAGGCUGACCCUCCUGAUGAAACGAAGAUCCCAGUAGGGGAUGCAGUAGGAGUGACAGUGGUUCUCCUCACUUGUGGCUACAAAGGUCAAGAAUUUGUACGUGUUGGGUACUAUGUCAACAAUUCAUACACAGACCCAGAACUUCAGGAAAAUCCUCCAGACACACCUCAGUUUGAUAAGCUACAAAGAAACAUUCUAGGAACUCAACCACGUGUUACCAAAUUUAAAAUUGACUGGGAUGAUGCCAAGGACUCUGAAAAUAUUCCUCCUUCAGAAAAUGGAGAAGGAGCAACAUCUUCCUCCCAGAAUGCUAUGGAUGUGAAGCCGACUCUAGCGACAGAGAGCAGUAAUAGUGCAUGUGCAAUGGAAGUUGCGUGAGCUGCAGCAGCCUAUGAAAUUAUUUUCUUCGUGCAAAUGUGAAUGAUAAAAUUUCAUAGUGUAAGGUACCUGUGAAUAUUUGUAUUGUUUUGAAAUUUAUAUAUAGUGAAUUAUUUAAAUAUAUUUUCUUAUUUUACUUUGUGAAACA